AUGACUUUCUUUCUUCUGUUUAUAAUUGUAAUAGAUGUUGGACACUUUGACUCCAAAUAUGUUAUACAGAAACGCAGUGAUUUUUUGCAAAAGGCAAAACUAUGUGUUCGAAGAAUUGUGGAGAGGAGGAUAUUUACCAGUGGUAAAGAUGAAAUUGGGUUGAUUGUACUUGGUUCUGACAAGACACAGAAUCCACUUGAUUACCCAAAUGUUAGUGUGGAAUUUCCUCUUGCACUACCUACAUGGCAGAUGAUAUCCUUUGUGGAGAAAUCUUUUCAUGAAAAUGAAAUAAAAAGAGAUUGGAUAGAUGGUGUUGUUGUUGGCAUGCAAGUCUUGAAAGAUGAGCUAGAUUUCUUUAGAAUAAUUUGCUGUUUCACGGGUGCUUUGAAGGAAAUAAAAGAUCUCGAAAGUGUCUUAAUGACAACCGAUGGCCUCAUGUUGGCAAGACAGCUGGUUGCCUUGCAGAGGGCAGGGCUUGACGGUCUGAACAUCAGCUUAGACACCCUGCAGUCCCAACGCUACAACCAGAUCACGAGGAGGAAAGGCUGGGAGCGUGUCAUGGUUGGCAUAGAUCUAGCCUUGCAACUUGAAUACGACCCUGUGAAGAUAAAUUGUGUUUUAAUGCGAGGUUUUAAUGAAGAUGAAGUGUGCAGUUUUGUGGAGUUAACAAAAGAGAAAAAUGUUGAUGUAAGAUUUAUCGAGUACAUGCCUUUCAGCGGCAACAAAUGGAAUGAUGGGAAGAUGGUCUCAUUUAGUGAAAUGGUCCAAAUAAUUAGAAAGCAGUGGCCUAAUUUUGAUCCUCUGCCCAAUGGGCCCAAUGAUACCUCAAAGGCAUGCCAUGUCCCGGGCUUCAAGGGACGUGUGGGAUUUAUUACCUCAAUGAGUGAACACUUCUGUGGCACGUGCAACCGUUUACAGAUAACAGCUGAUGGCAAUUUGGAGGUGUGUCUCUUUGGGUAUUCAGAGAUAUCUCUCAGAGAUGCAAUACGAAGCAAAUGCAGUGAGGAUGACUUGCUUGCCAUGAUUGGGGCAGCAGUGAGAAGAAAGAAGAAACAACAUGGAGGCAUGCUGAACCCGUCAAAGAUGAAGAAUCGGCCAAUGAUUCUUAUUGGAGGAUCUGAGGACUUUCUUGAUCUCAGGCACAUCCUAUGUGGAGCAGCUGCAGUCACUACUGUGCUCCUUUUUGCCAUAGAGGGUGGAUCUCCUGUUGGUGAGGUUUCUACACUGUCGGCUUGUACACUUGAUCCUGUGGGGGUUGGUGUUGCUGUUUCUGCUAUUGAUGACUGUUCUUCCUCCUUAAAUGCUGCUGCUUCACAAGAUUUAUCAAGAGUGGUGAUAACAUCAAUUUGUGACAGUAAAUCUUUGUCAUGUGCAAUCUAUAAUACUGUUGUUCCAUUUGUAAUAAACAAUUUCUUUGAUGCUGUUUUCCCAAAUAAGCCUAAAUUUUACUGUUAUUCACAUGGACAGAGGCAGAGUGGCCCUGAACUUGAUGGCUGUAGUGAUGUCGUGAAGGCACAAAGUUGGAAGUUGUUAAACCUUCAGAAACAAGAUUUUCAAAAGUACUUCUUCUCAGAUACCAAUAUUUCGCCCCUGUUUGUGUCGGAUACACAGACGUCUCAGUUGUUGUCACGUAAUUUGAGUGUAGUGACUGAAUCUAGAAAACAGUUUCUUUUGCUUCCCUGUGCCCCAAGCAUUAUGUGCAAUGCAGGACUCCUAACAAAACAAACACACAGAGCACAGCCCUCUGUCUUCUCUUGCCGUUUCUGCAGUUUGGGAGCACAGUCCGAAAGUCGGACUCAUGUUGACCGGUCUGGCAGGGCGAAAAUGGUCAACGUGGGUUCGAAGCUGGUGACAGAACGGACUGCUACAGCACGAGCAAAGGUUUUUGUGGGACCCGAACUGAUGAAACAAAUACGAGAAAAUGGCCUGAAGGUACUUAGCGUUGCUCGCCUGGCGGGAAUUGUGGGGUCCAAGCAGACGUCCAGCCUUAUCCCUCUGUGUCAUAACAUCUCUUUAUCCUCUGUGGCUGUGGACAUUGAACUGGACUCUGCUCUCAACUGUGUGAUUAUAACUGGCACGGCAAAGUGUAGAGGGCAGACGGGCAUAAAGAUGGAAGCUCUCGCUGCUGUAUCGGUGUCUGCCUUAACAGUGUACGAUAUGUGCAAAGCUGUGAGUCAUGACAUUGUGAUAUCUGAAAUAAUGCUUCUGGCCAAAAGUGGGGGAACUAGAGGAGACUUCCACCGGACAUGA